GAACCUGGGACACCCUGCCAGCGGAGCUAUCCAGCCUUGGUAGCCAUACUGGCUUUUCUGUCCGUUAAAUGUGGUCCAGAGCAGGUUCCCUCUGAAGGAACGAGUCAGUAAAUGCUGCUGGUGUUUGAUGUGCUGACGUGGUGGCGGCUGCCACUGUUUACAUGAGCGGAGCAACUUCCUGAUCAGCCUCAGUCUGAGGGAAGCGAGCUCACUUCUGGUUCCUCCGCCGGCAUGUCGGCAUGUUCUCUGGUUUCCAGCUGGUCCUGUAGGUCCCUCCUCACACAGCUGAUCUGAUGGAGAGCUGAUCUGGAUGCAUGGGUAGUUUUUUCCUGAGGACAUGGACCUGUGGUCUCUUACCUGGACCAUGAUGAGCUGCUGCCUUGGUGCCUUUUCUCUGGAAGUGACAGUGAAAGGCGCUCAGCUGAUGCCAUGUGAUGAAGAUGAUCGUGUGUGUGUCAGCAGCCCUGGAGACUGUGGCCCCCGAGCAUCUUCAUCUGUACUGAAGACCCUGAACAUGUCCUGUUACUACCAGAAUCUUGCAGACAGGAUGGGAUCCCUGACAUGUGGCUGGACUCAGGAGUCAAACACUGAGUCUGACGUUUCUCUGGUCUUCACCAGCUGGAAUAAAGUCUUGUCGUGUCAGGGCAUCUUCAACCCAGCAGCCACCCUCAACGUAACGGCCCGGAUAAGGAACCACAUGACCGGGACACAGAUCUGGUCUCAGCCUCAUUCCGUGUUUCUGUAUCUUGCAAUCAAACCCUCCCAGCCCGUUUUAACGUUACUUGGCUCCACGGAGGACUCGGUGGUGCUGUCGUGGAGUAGCAGCAUUACUGGCAGCUGUCAGCUUCGCUACAGACCCAACAACACCUCCACGUGGACCCAGGUUGUGGACUCCAUCACCGUCCUCGCCCGUCAGAACGUGAGCUACAGCAUCGCCAAGCUGCAGCCGUUCACCGUGUACCGAGCUGCUGUGGCCUGCAGGGGGAGGUUCGGCGUGACCAGCGACUGGAGCGCCGACGUCACCGGGAAGACGCUGGACAGAGCUCCAUCCAGACCGUCAGAUGUUUGUUACAGACGUGAGGAAACUGGAUCUGGAGGAUCUGCUCUGCUUCAUCUCAUGUGGAAGGCUGCGGACCCUGAAAGUCGUAUCGUUGGAUACGAGGUAAGCAUCAGUCCAGAUGGAACGAUGAAAAACGUGACAGAGGCGAUGGCGCUCCUGGUGGUGGAGGAGGGGAAUUGCACCGUCACCGUUCGAGCCUUCAACACGGCCGGUUUUGGACCCGCUGCACAGCUCAGAAUAAACACACAGCGACAGAUAACUCUCCUCUCCAUCAGAAACCUGUGGAUUUCCAGCUGUUAUCCAGGAAAUAAAGCGCUCCUGGUCCAGUGGAUGCUCCCUACAGCUCCAUCCUCCGCCCCGCCGCUCACCCACAUAGCUGUUCGGUGGCGGCCAGAGAAGAGUCCGUCCUCCAGCCGCUGGUCCAGAGUCAGCAGCGUUACCACCUCCACCAUCGUACCAGAUCUGGAUCCCAAUGAGUCCUACAUGGUCAGUGUGUUCCCGAUCUACAACCAGCAGACCGGAUCUCCUCAGUCUCUGUCCGCCAGUCUGCAGCAGGGAGCUCUGAUGGAGGCGGUCAGUCUGAAGGUCAUCAACGUGACCAAGACAACACUGACCAUAAUGUGGGCGUGGCAAAGGAAGUCUGAACCAAUCAGAGUGGACAGAUACAGCGUGAUGCUGAGGAGAGACUCUGACAGGCAAACUCUGUUUCUGUGGUCGGACCAGCGGCAGCACACCUUCUCCAGCCUGAAGCCCAACACUGAGUAUUCGCUUCUCCUAUUGGCUGAUAACGUUUCUAGAAACGUUUUGACUGUGGUGACAGAAUUUGAUGAGGUUCCAACGGUGGCGACGGUGAUUCCUCUGCUGCUGUUGGUCGUCACUGUGAUGACCAUCUACAUCCUUUUCAGGACCAUGUACAAGUCCAACUUCUUCCCCAUUUCCAGUCCCAAAGGCAGCUUGGCAGGCCGGUGGCUGAUGGAUCCGAACCGUCAGCAGGACUCUGCAGAGCCCAGGAUUCUGGAUCUGGGGGACUUCCAGGUGCUCGGAGAGAAAAGCCUGAUCAUCCUCAGCCCGGCUGAUCAGCUUCCAUCAGAGGAGGAGCUGCACGAGGACAUGUCCCCACUGUCAGUCCGCGGCUUCGGGCUCCAGAUGUCCACCCUCAGGCUGGACACGGUGUGUGUUUGUGAUGCUCCACCAAUCACAGAGCAGUCCGGCCACCAGGACUCUGAGACGAGCCGAGAAGCCGAAACCACCCUGCUGCUCAACCCGCGGGAAGCUAACGGCUACUUUCCUCAGAAAGAGGAAGACGUUUGUCAGAUUUCACAACCGAGUGAGACACCUCAGCACAUCCUGGACGGCAGCCGUGGCGGUUAUCAGAUGACCAGCGAGUCCUUUCUGAGAAAACUGGAAGCUGAAACAUUGAGUGACGUCUCCUAUCUGAUCUGUGAUGACAAGUAUCUCUCAAACAGCUGCUGCAGAGCAGAAACCACAGAAGAAGAGAAGACAGUCAGUACUGCUUGAACUCGGAGGUCAAGCAGCUGAACUACAGCUGUGAUGUAAAAUAUAACCAGGUUAGAGUUACUGGAUCAGUUUAAACGUGGCUCCGGCUUCAGACCGGGGCUCCGGCUUCAGACCGGACUCCGGGAGGCCAGGCGUGAAGCUGACUCAGACGAAACACGGGGACAGCAAAAGAAGAAAA